AUGGGUGGAAUGGGCGGAGGGAUAGGAAGUGGAGGUAUGGGGGGAGUGGGAGGAGGAAUGGGAAGAGGAGGAAUAGGGACCAGAGCUGGGGAGACGUACCGCCUGGCUGCUCAUGACAGCCCAACAUCCCCCCGACACAUGCAGUCCAGCCAAGGGUCCGGCACAGGGCAGGUCCCAGGGUCUGGCCAUGGGAUGGGUCACGCUCCGACUGGUUCCAGCAUGGGAGCCCACGGAGGUCAAAGUCCCGGUCAGCAUGCCUCCCGCCGAAACCUCCAAGUCGACUUCAGCGGCUCAAGCGGUUCUAGGACGGGCCGGUCUCCUUCUGUGUCUCCUGACCGUGGCGUGACUCCCACCUCACCCUACUCCCUACCGCAGAUAGCACCCAUGCCCACCAGCAAAGUGUGCCCGGUGUGUACCACCACAGAGCUGUCCAACCCACCGGCUGUACCCAACUACAACACCUGCACCCAGUGCAAGGCCACGGUGUGUAACCAGUGCGGAUUCAACCCCAACCCUCACCUUACUGAGGUCCAGGAAUGGCUGUGUCUAAAUUGUCAGAUGCAGCGAGCUCUUGGCAUUGAUAUGACCACGCCUCGCUCUAAGAGUCAACAGCAGAUUCACUCUCCGUCUCACCAAGCCAAGCCUAUCGUCCAGCCACAGCAGCCCACGCCACAGCCAGCACAGCCAGUGGCUGCUGCACAGCCCAAACCUCUGGCACAGAGUCAGUCCACCCAACAACAACAGCAACAGCAGCAGCAACAGCAGCAACAACAACGACAACAGCAACAACAACCACCUCAGUCCCAGCCUUAUGGCCAAACUAAUCCCUACUCUCAGUCACAGCCAUACUCCCAAUCCCAGCCACACGCCCAGUCUCAACCAUACUCCCAGACCCAGCCAUAUUCACAGACCCAAAAGUAUCUCCAGUCUCAGCCUCAGCCUUACCCUCCAUCACAGCCGGGCCCCCAAAUGCAGCCUCAGACACACCCAGGUCUUGGUGCCCCCCAGUCUAAGAUGACACCAUCUCAGCAGAGCAUGAGGUCUGACCCAUACUCCCAGAGAGGUCUUGGAGCUCAAGGAGUUGCUGCAGGUCAAACAGGUGGCCCCGGCCAGCAAGUUGGACCUCGCAUUCCACACCCAGGGGCUGUACCACUACCUGGGUUGACUAAAGCACCCUCUCAGCCAGAUUUGGGUCGAGGUUCUCCAAUGCAUCAGCCUAUGACACGUCACCAUGACCAGACCAGAAGCGCUGGAUCUUCCCCAGCCCAUCGACCUCAGAGUCAGGCUCCUGCCCAGGAUGGCCUGACCAAAUUGUUCGGCUUUGGGGCAUCGCUGCUCAAUCAGGCUAGUACCCUGAUUAAUGUCGACCCUCUACCCACAGCCUCAACGCAGCCAAGCCCUGCUCGAGGUAAGGUGGUGUUCAGCAAUGCAACUUCUGAUAACAGACUACAACAGCAAGGGACCGGUGGCACCAAACCUUUCAGCAUGGGGGGUCCUCAUGCUCCAAGCCAAAUGGUGGGUCCACAGGCAUCAAGUCAAGUGGGAGGUUUUAGUGGACCAGGCCAAAUGGGAGGGCCCUAUCCACCAAGUCAAAUGGGGGGCCCUCAGGCACCAAGUCAAGCAGGUGGUCCUCAUGCACCAGUUCAACCAGGAGGCACCAUUGGUGGACCUCAAGCUCCAACCCAGAAGCAACAGCAACAGGCUGGACUUCAAAAACAACAGAUGCCACCACAGCAGCCACUUAGUCAGCGUCAAAAAGAGCAGCAAGGACAACAAACUCCUGCGCCUCAGCAGAAAGUGUUGCAGAAACAGGAGCCAGUGUCAGUGCCCUUAAGUGCUCCAGAACCCGAGAAGCCCAAGGUGAACUGUCCUCUUUGUAAAACAGAGCUGAACAUCGGCAGCUCCGACCCCCACAACUACAACACCUGUACGCAAUGUCAGAGCCAAGUGUGCAACCUGUGUGGCUUCAACCCAACACCACAUCUGGUAGAGAAAAAAGAGUGGUUAUGUCUCAACUGCCAGACCCAGCGGCUUUUGUCUGGAGGCGGCCUCGACGAGCCUCCUCUUCCCGUUCCCCAUCCGUCCCCGAAGCACCAACCAUCAGGCUCACCUCGUCACCAGACGCCGACCAGUCAGCAAAGCCCCCUUCACAAGUCAACCACUCAGCAGGGACCCAAACCAGUCCAGCCCCAGGCACAAAAGAUCCAGGUGGGAACUGCUGUUAGCGGACCCACGGCACCCACGUCUGCCAAACAUCCCACCGACGCUAAGACCACAACCCCAGCUGCAGCACCAGUGCCAACCACUGAGGCCCAGAAACAGACAAAACCAACAGAAGAGAAGCCCAAGACAGAGCAUGAGAGCCAACCUGCCAAAGAGGUCAAACCUUCACAGAAAAAAGGAGAACAGAUCACUCCAAUAAAGGAAAUUAAGAAGUCGAGGCACUAUGAUGAUACAAAAAACAACAGCACCCAUGACUUGUCACGCAGCCCUCAGAGCCUCAGUGACACCGGCUACUCCUCUGAUGGGAUCUCCAGCUCGCACAGUGAAAUUACAGGUCUAAUCCAAGAAGAGGAAAUGAAGCUGAGUGAGAGGGGAAUCAGUGGGCGGGGCUCUCCUCCAAGCCCCUCUGAAAUCACCAAGCUAGAGAGCUCCAUGAGACCACUGCUGGAGAAAAGCCUCUCUGAGGAAAAGCCAGACAGAAGGGGUAGAAAGCACAGGGACAGAGACUUGGAUGACAGAGGGAAGCAUCGCCCACGUUCCCUUUCCAUUCCACCAGAUGCAUAUGACUCCGAUGAAGAAUUAGAGGAUAUACUGGAGGAAGAAGAAGAUGGUGGUGACUGGGAGGGUAAACGGAAAGAAGGGAAGGAAGAGAGGAAAGAAAAGAAGAAGAAGGAGAAGGAAAAAGACACUGAUCCGACAGAGAUGACUGAUGAGGAGUUCAUGAGGAGACAAAUAAUGGAGAUGAGUGCUGAUGAAGACAAUGAGGAGGAGGAAAUGGAGGAAGAUGACGAUGAGGAAGAUGAAGGUUAUGGGUACCAGAAACCGAAGAAAAGCCACCAUAAGCACAUCAUCCCUGAUUCAGGAAAAGAAAAGAGGCGGCUUCAGCACCAUUCAAGUAGUUUCGAAGAAGAAACCAAAACCUCUACUGAUGUCUAUAAAGGUUCUGUUGAAGAGGGGGAAGAAGAUGUGAUGGCAUCACAAGGGGGGCUCAGGCGCUUUAAAACUAUUGAACUCAACAACACCAAUAGCUACAGCCGAGAUAUGGAGCUGAGCGGUGAAAAUGAUCUAAACCUGGAUAGGGAGCCAGAGCUAGAGAUGGAAAGUCUAACAGGAUCUCCUGAGGAGCGUUCCAGGGGAGACUAUUCUUCAACCUUGCCCCCUACUUCAUCUUCAUAUGGUUCAGGACAGUCUCCAACAUCCAUCUCGUCAAUGGAGGAAGACAGUGACAGUAGUCCGAGUAGAAGGCAAAGAUUGGAGGAGGCCAAGCAGCAGAGAAAGGCCCGCCACCGCUCUCACGGCCCCCUGCUCCCGACCAUUGAAGACUCCUCAGAAGAGGAUGAACUCAGAGAGGAAGAAGAACUUCUGAGAGAACAGGAAAAGAUGAGAGAGGUGGAACAGCAGAGAAUAAGAAGCACAGCAAGGAAGACCAAAAGGGAUAAGGAGGAGCUGCGGGCCCAAAGGCGCAGAGAAAGGUCUAAAACACCACCAAGCAAUCUUUCACCAAUUGAAGAUGCUUCUCCUACAGAGGAAUUAAGACAAGCAGCAGAGAUGGAAGAGCUUCAUCGUUCCUCUGCUUCUGAAUAUUCCCCCCAAAGUCUGGAUUCUGAGGCAGAGGGCUACGAGUCCAAAAUCUACAAGUCAGGCAGUGAAUACAACCUGCCUACUUUUAUGUCUCUCUACUCACCUAUAGAGAAAUCGUCCUCAACAACAACAACCUCUGCACCAUCAUCAACCUCCAAACCACUAAAGAGUGCUGAGGAGGUUUAUGAGGAAAUGAUGAGAAAAGCAGAAAUGCUACAAAAUCAAGAAAAACAACAGCAGCAGCAACAGCAACGACAUGGGCAGUACUAUGAGGAGGACAUUAAUGGACAAAAUUAUGAUGACGAAUAUGAAUAUGAACAAGAGCAAACCGGAUAUGACAAUGAAGCAGCAGAAAUAGAAAAUGACAUUUAUGAAGAAAUCCGACAAACAUCUCAGAACAUCACAAAGAUGCAACAGGCCACAGAUGACCAGGUUGAGAUUGAAAUUGAAAGCUCUUUUGCAGAUAAGCAGCUAUUGGACACGGGCUCAGCCUUUGCUAAACUACUGGAGCAAAGCAAUGCUCUAUUAACUCCAGGGACAAGCCCCACCCAGAUCUCAGCUCCAGUCUCCUUUGCUGAGAGUGGAAGUCGGAUACCAGAUGUGAGAGUAAGCCAACACUUCACUUCAAAGGAUGGACACAAAGACAGAAUCAAAAGCCAAGCAGGAAAGAAUGGCAUAACUCCAACAGUGGCUGCUACCACCAUUGCAGCCUAUGGAGUCUAUGCCAGAGAUGCAGUGACUCUUUCCCAAACCAGUUCAAGCCACACUUUGACAUCAACCCAAUCUGACACCUCACGCAGACACACUGGAAGUCUUGCCACAUCUUCAGCUACAGUCUCAAGUGUCUGUAGCAAAAUUGCAGAGAUUACCCAGGCCUACAGUCAAAGAGAAGUAAUCACCAGAAGAAUUGGGGAGACAAGAGGUGUUCAAGUACGAGACAGCUCAACAUCAUCUGCUGAGAGGAUUGUUGAACCACGUUCUCCUAAGUAUACUACCUAUUACAGGAGUACCAGUCCUCCUCUGUCUCCAUCACCACCACCACCACAAAGUCCUAUUCGCUCUCCUUCCAGAAGGGCUACUGCUGAAUUCUCCACACAAACGUUCAGCUCAGCAUUGCGAAUGGAUCCAUCUAGUUCUGGGCCUACAUCACCUGUGAUGGCUCAGGGAACCCAAACAGCACAUCGCUCAAUAUCCCCACGGCUAUACCGCCAGCAGUCUUCCCAGGAGGCUCCAUACUCCCCACCUCCAGGUCCAGCUAGGCCAAUGACAGUGAACACUGCAACUUCUCCAUUAUCCUCACCUACUCGAUUUAGCCGUCAGUCAACAUUUGAUAACUACUCUCCAUGUGACAGCCCCCCAGACACACCACCUUACCAACAGUCACCUACACGCAGUUUCUAUCGAACACAAAGAGUAGAGAAAGUGAAUGUAGGGACAAGUAUGGCAACCACUGCCAGCUUAUACACCAGAGGGUCUGUGUCUAUGGAUAAUAUAUCGCUCUGUAGAAUAUCUACAGUCCCAGGCACCUCAAGGGUUGAACAGGGCCAUAUGAUCCAGGGUGGCAGUGUUGUAGAUCUAAGAACUGCCACCCACUCAGCACCUAUCAUUAUGACUGACCAGGGAAUGGAUCUUACUUCCUUAGCUACAGAAAGCAGGAAAUACCAUGGUGGUCCAGAAGGUGCCAGGCAUUCAACAAUCAUACAACCCCUGAUUAUGAAUUUGAACACACAAGAGACGACCACACCAACCACUGUGAGUGUCACUGUGGCUGCUUCUAUGUUUAUGACUCAGCUAAAACAGCCAAUGGUUUACGGUGAUCCCCAUCAAAACCGCAUAGAUCUAGGUCAGGGCAUGGGCUCAGCAGUGUGUCUUUCCCAGAACAAAUCACCAACCGAUCCUUCCAUUCCAAAAAUUGAUGCCAAAUUAGAAGACCUCAGCAUCCAACAGAGAGAACUGCAAAAACAACAAGAGAAGUUACAGAAACAACAAGAGCUCCUUGAACAACAGUUACAACAGCAUCACCAAUUGCAACAGCACCAACAACAGGCAUCCGUUCUAGCAAAGUAUAACCUUACUGGCCAGAUUUCACCUUUAGCCAAAAAAAAUGUGUUAGUCAGUCAGACAAGCACUGCAUCUACAGUGGUUAGUGCUGUUUCACCAGUAAUUAAUCCUGAACUUUAUGGCGCUGGUCCUAUUGAGCUGAAAGGGAAGCCCAGUCCUCCUGGUUUGAUGUCAGCGGGUAAAUCACCACAUAGUAUGGUUGUACAAAUGGAUGGGGGGCCAGAGCCAGUAAGGGCAUUGACUCAACUUGUGAAGGUAGAAGAAGGACAGGAUGCGGUGGAUCUGACAGGAGGCCAAAUAAAACCUGACCAACCAGCAUGUUGUGAUGUAGUUUACAGACUGCCAUUUGGAGGAAGUUGUGUUGGUGCCUCUGAGAAAGAGGGCAUAAGGCCACCAUCUGCCCCACCAAUUACCUAUGAGUCUGACCAAGAAAGACAACCUGGAAGGUACCAUGAGUACCCAAUGGAUGCUCGUAAAGCCUACACAUUACCUUUCCCUGGUAGGCUUCAGCCUUCAAUGUCUGAUACAAACCUUGCUGAUGCUGGACUACAGUCUUACCAUCCUAAAUAUGAUCCACACCUCCAACCAUCAGGUGACCUUAUCAUGGACUUAACUGCUAUUAAACAGAGCUAUGGAGGAUUUAUGGGCAUGCAGUAUGGUUCUUAUACAGAUUUACGUCACGGAGGAGACAUUUCUGCACAAACGCUGCCGAUAAGACGAUAUAAUUCCUUGUCUAACAUCAGUUCAGAUUAUGGUUACUCUCCUCGUGAUAUUGCAAGCUUUCAAGAAGCUAACUUGGCUCAGUACAGUGCUACAACUGCAAGGGAGAUAAGCCGAAUGUGUGCAGCACUUAAUUCUAUGGAUCGAUAUGGAAGUAACCCAGAUUUGAUGCAGUUUGGUAGCUUAGGUAGAGGUACUGGACCAGGUGCCUCCAGACUUGCAGCAGGUCUUGGCAUGAGACAAAACCUAAUAUUUGGGCUAGAUGGAAAGCCAAUGUCUCAAAAUCAAGCUCUAACGAAUCUAAUCAAUGCCAGGCAGGCUAGUCUGAGAGCCAUGUACCCUGCUGCUAUUAGGUCCUCUGAUGGAAUGAUUUACUCCACUAUUCAGACUCCCAUUGCUUCAACACUUCCCAUCACCACUCAGCCUGCCUCUGUACUGCGACCUCUGUUGAGAGGAGUCUAUAGGCCAUAUGCUUCUCCCAACAUGUCACCAGUGCCCCUGGCCAGUCUCACCAGAUUACCAAUAAGCCCAAGAAUGCCCUUAACUGGACAAGUACCACUCCGCUACCCAGCACCAGGUCUGCUUCAGACAACUUCAGCUGCUGCCUCUACCACUGCUGUUGCAUCAAGUUCAGCACCAGGAACAUGCCUUGUGCCUGUGUCUUUGACAGCUACAAGCUCAACAGUCCAGGAGGAACCUGUUUACCUUGGCAAAAGUGCCAAAGUGACAUCAGCAGAGGUCACUUCAGCACAAGGAGCAGUGGUAAUGUUGCCUGAAUCACAGCAGCAACCAAUAAACCUGUCCCAGACACACCUGAACACGCAACAACAGAAACAAGUGACAACGGCUCAACAGCCACAGCCUCCUCCUGCAGCUCAUGCAUACCCACCCUCAAGUCCAGCAAUAGCCCAAGGCUACACCCAACCUCCUGCAGGCCCACCAGUCCCCUCUAGUGGCUUGCCCAUUCCAUGUGGUCUUCCGCCCUUUCCACCACCAGGCGCUAUACAUAAAGAGGGUGAAACUGAGGCAGAGAGGCUUCACCGUCAGCAGGAACAGCUCCUACAGAUGGAGAGGGAGCGUGUGGAGUUAGAGAAACUUCGUCAACAGCGACUGCAAGAAGAGCUUGAACGUGAAAGAAUGGAACUGAAGUUUCACAGGGAGAAGGAGCAAAUUCUCGUGCAGAGGGAGUUACAAGAGCUGCAGAACAUCAAGGACCAGGUAUUACAGCAGCAGCAGCAAGAACGUGAGAAACAACUUGUUCUCCAACGGGAGCAGUUGGCCCAGCAGAAAUCCCAACUAGACCAGAUACAGUCUUUGCAGCAGCAGCUCCAGCAACAGCUACAAGAGCAGAAGCGGCUAAAAACGGCUGCUCAGACCAUACCGCUGGAUAUGACCGGACAGCCACUGCAUCCCUACAUAGACUCUCAGACAAGCUCUCGCUCCCUCCCCAACUCUUCCUCAGAGAUAUGUCUGAGGACUCAGGAUGAACUGUUGGAAGCCAGAGCUGGUAUGAGGAAACAUAGCUCCAUGAGCAGGCUGACCCGAGACACCUCUGAAGGAGAUGGUGUGGUUUUCUAUGGCUCCCCUCGCAGAAUUGUGGAUAGUUGUGUACAGACUGAUGACGAAGAUGGAGAGGAAAGGUACAUGAUGCGUCAUCGCACCAGGAGGCGCGGUCGGAGCGUCGACUGCUCGGUCCAGACAGAUGACGAUGAGGAUAAGGCUGAAACCGAGCACCCAGUUCGCCGAAGACGCUCUCGGUUUUCCCGCCAUUCCGAGUCCGCUGCAGCUAGCACCAGCACUGCCUCGACAACCACCUCAGCUACAGACACCAAAGCUGACACAUCCAAGAUAGUUUCCUCUAGCAUUGCCAUCCAGACCCUCAGGGAAGUGUCCUGCCAGACAGAAGUUGAGCACCUGGGAAGAGUCUCCCCAGCAAUUCAUGUGACAUUACCAGACCCUAAUAAAGUAGAGAUUGUACACUACAUUUCUGGACCAGAGAGAACACAAAAAGGACAAUCUCUUGCCUGCCAGACAGACCCAGAAGCGCAGUCACAGGGUGUUGUAGCGCCACAGCUCAGCGUGCCAACCACAGUUAGUCCAUAUUCUUCCUCUACCGGUACUAGUACAAUGCCAUCCAGUUGUGUUGACCUUCACAACCAGCAGCGCCAGCAGCAACAUGUCGCAGCAAACGCAGCAAAAUUUGAGCGUCGCCGCCCCGACCCAUUAGACAUUAACUAUCAGCCUCACAACCACCUCCACAACGAGUCCAUUUCCAGCCUCAUCCGGCAGCAGCAGACGACCCCAAAGUCUCCACAAGUGCUCUACUCCCCUGUAUCCCCAGUGUCCCCCCACCGCCUGUUGGAGACCUCUCUGUCCAGUGAGAGACUGAACAAGGCCCACGUCACGCCUCAGCAGAAGUCUUACACAGCCGAAUCCCCCCAGCGACACCCAUCUGUGCCCCGACCCAUCAAAAGCACCCAUAGGUCCAUGUCCGACCCGAAGUCCCUCAGCCCAACCACUGAUGAGCAUACCAAGGCCAGACUCUCCUUGUAUCAGCAACAAGCACUCCAGAGCCAGCUGGCAGCCUUACAGCAGAGCUCUUUGCUUCGGAAGGUUAAGCGAACCCUGCCCAGCCCUCCUCCAGAUGAGACUGCUACUUCAGCUCACUUGACCAUGAUGACGCCUGCCCAACAACAGCUCUACCUGCCCUCUGUGCCCAGCCUCAAGCCCAGCUCAAGGUCUGGCCUGGCUGCUAAAGCCAGCCUCCUCAAAGAUCUCACCCACGAGCUGAAGGCAGUGGAGCAAGAGUCUACCAAGCUUAGAAAGCAACAAGCUGAACUGGAGGAAGAAGAGAAAGAGAUUGAUGCUAAGCUGAGAUACCUGGAACUUGGAAUUCAUCAGAGGAAAGAGACUUUGGUGAAGGAGAGGGAAAGAAGGGACAUUGCCUAUCUGAGAUGUAUGGGGGACACCAGAGACUAUAUGUCUGACAGUGAGUUGAAUAACUUGCGUUUAGCAGCUGCUGCUGCAUCACAUGAGUCAAAUGGGCUACUAACAGCCAGACCAAGCACUGCUCCACUUAGCCAAUUUACCAGCGACCUCAACACAGCAGCCCAGUACCCACCAACCUCUUCCUUCAUCUCCUGUCAGUAUCCCCAGAGCCAACCAGCAGCACCACCUCAGCAAUCGAGUGUGCCAUACCAGUCAUCUACAUUUAAUCAGCUUCCUUACCCAACAGUGUCACAGUCACAGGCACUGCCACAGCCCAUGACCCUUCAGAGCCAUGGUCCUCCUCCUGGACCUACCUAUCAACCUCAAACAUCCUAUCCUUCUCACACCUAUCCACAAGCUCAGCCCCCAUACCCCCAAACAGAUUCGGGGUUACCAUCUGCACCUCAACCUCAGCCUCCAGCAGGGCAAACAGGUUUUGGGCCUGCACCACCUGGUCAGCCACCAUACCCCACCCACAGCUCACCUUAUCCCAGCGCUGUGUCCCCCUACCCCACCCAAACUACCCCAUACCCUGGGCAGCCCCAAGCUGAUAUUUUGACAGUUCACCCUGGAAGGCCUAGACAGACAUCCCUUGCUGAAAUGGAGCAUAAGAUGCCAACCAACUAUGAGACUAUUAGCAACCCAACAGUUGUGGUCACCACCACAGCCCAAGACGCUACCUUUUCCAGUGCAGCCCCAGCCUAUGGUCCGUACACAGGAACAACCACCAUGGCAAGCUCCUAUGGGCCUUAUGGUUCUGCACCUGUUUCUAGCAGUUACGGUGGCUACUCCACAGUACCUCCCAGCACCUAUGGCCCAUAUACAUCAACACCAGCUAGUUCAUAUGGCCAGUACACAACAACUAAUGCUAAUACAUAUGGCUACACCACCACCACAGCCAGUUCUUAUGGACAGUAUACUUCAACAGUUUCCAAUGCCUAUGGGCACCCAGGAGACACUCCGUCCACUUACAGCACAGCAGAAGGGAUGUAUGGGGCUCCUGGUUUAGAGCAAAACAUUCCAAGGAACUACAUGAUGAUUGACGAUGUAAGCGAGCUGACGGCAAAGGACGGGCUGGGCACAACAGCAGGGGACAUGAUGCAUCAUGGCAGUAGCGGGCGUUACCCUGGCGACAUCCAUGGCCAUGGCAGCACAUCAGGCAGCACGGCGCGUGGGGGAACUGGCAGCUCCCCCUACGGCAGGGCACCUGAGGACGAAGCAGCGAUGCAGGAUGAGCUGUACGACCACCACGGCAGGGGUAAGAGCAGCUACAGGCACGGACCUCUAGGGGGCAGCAGCAGCAGCGUGAGCGCUAGCAUGGGUGGGGGAUCCCCCUAUUUCUAUGACUACGACUACAAACUUGCCGGCAACCGCUCCGGGGUACAGAAGCCUUUGCCGUCCUCCAGAAGCCUUCUGGCUCCUGCUGUCAUGUCCUCCAAGCGCAGCAAGCACAGGAAGCUGGGGACUAUGGAGCAGAAAAUUUCAAAGUUUUCCCCGAUAGAGGAGGCUCGAGAUGUGGAGGCAGACUUGGCCUCCUAUUCUGCAGGUGAGGCUUACCCCUCAUCCCACAUUCGAGGGCGUCAGCUGAUUGAGGAUUAUGGUUUCAAGAGGAGUGCUUUUAAUGGUACCAGUGGCACAACUCAUGGAAGUCGACACUACGGUAUGAUGGUGGAUGAGGACGAUCGGAUUUACUACACCUCCUCUGGGCGCUCCCGUUCCCAUGGCUACGGCAUGGACAAGAUCUCAGCCAGAGAUUACCAUAACUAUCGCAGCAGAUCAUACGAGAGAGACGACCGCUCCUACCGUUCUGGCUACAGAGGACGGCAUCCAACUCGGCAGUACUCUGAGGAGGAGAGUCCACUCAGUCCCUUGGGGAAAUUGAUGGGUUCUGGGAGAUCUUCAAGCUUAGGUCGUGACCCAUAUGACAGCAGUCACAGCAGUAGAUAUUAUUACUAUUAUGGCAAUUAUGGCUCCAGUCACUCGCUGCCAGAUGUUCAAGACCAUAUACGGGACCUUCCCCGGACACAUGUCUACAAAUCGGAUGAUACGUACAUUGUUGAUGAUUAUCAUUGUGCUGUGUCAGACAGUGAAGCCUACCAUCUGGGCCAGGAAGAAACUGACUGGUUUGAGAAACCACGCUCCAGUUCUCGACACUACGGCAGCAGCCACUCUGGAAGGAGUCGGCAUGGUGUCAAGCACACCUACCAUGAUUAUGAUGAACCUCCUGAGGAGGACCUGUGGCCCCAAGAUGAGUACAGUCAUGGCGGGCGGCACUCAUCAUCACGUGACCACAGGCACCAUGGCAGUUCUAGCCGCCACUCUUCCUCCCGUCACCCAGAUGAGCCGAGAUCCUCAAGGUCAUCUAAGGGGCACCCCAAAGACCCAUCUAUGCGCCAUGACCCCUCAGGACGUUCUUCAUCUUCAGGAAGGCGUGGUGAGUCCAGGUCUGGAGGAUAUCAUUCUUCAGAUUACUCGAGGGAUCCCACUGGACAUCAUCACGGCCAGAGGUCUUCCAGGCAGGGAGAUCCGCACAGGUCCUCACGCAGCAAGUCCCAGGGCCAAGUAGACAUGCAGGGACAACAACCAGGCUCAUCCAGGUCCGUCAGCAGCUCUGGGCGAGCUCAGGGUUCUGCUGGUGGGCCUCCAGGAUCAGGACGACAGGGGGGUCACGGUUCCCAGGCAGAUGGGCUCCAAGGACAGAGGACUCAGCUCCAACAGCAGGCCCAGACGUCUGCAGCCAGACCAGGACAGCCUGGCACAACAGCAGCCACAGGCCUUCAGCAGCAGACACCAGCCCAAGGUCAAGGCAUGGGCAUGGGCAUGGGAAUGGGCAUGGGUCAGGCCCAGGCGAAACCAGGGCAAAUGGGACCAGCGGGCGGGCCCAUGGGGCAGGCUAGGCCGACUGGUGCAGCAGGAACCACACCGUCCACCAUGACAAAGAUCGACAUACCUCCAGUAACGGCGAUCGGGGCAAAAGCGGCACCAGUCAUGGCCUCAAAGGCGGGCCAGCCCCCACUUACAGGCAUAGGCUCCAAGGCAGUUCCUAGGCCCGGAGGUAUCGGCAGCGCAGCGGCAGGUCAGCCUGGCAUGGAGGGAGAAGGCAUGUUUUCCAAGAUCCUGCCCGGAAGCGCCGCUGAGCAGGCCGGUAAACUGGGAGAAGCCAUCUCUGGAUUUGGCAAGAAGUUCACCUCCUUGUUCUAAGGUGACACAAAUAAGGACUAUGAAAAGUGUCAAAGAGGAAGUCAUGAGGCCCGGUACCAGAAAAACCUGUGAAGACCCCCCUGCUUUUGUUUUCUUAAUAAAAGAGAAAGGAAGGAGAGAGAGGAUGAUGACCGAGAGGAGGGCGGAGCAUAUUGCCAAAACAGACUGAAAUCCUCUGGAUGCUUCGUGUCUCAGAUCUGAGCAACAAAGGCAGAGAGAACACUCUGAUCUCUCUGACAGGCCAGACAGGGGCUGGAAGUGACAGCAGAAAGAGGUGGCCGUACGAUCCAGGUCCUCCUUCACGCCAGCAGCGGGAGCCGCGUGCUCACAGAGGCCCCUGCAGUGCGACACGUGGAUUUAAAACAUCGGUUCUGUUAACACGGCGUGGAGAACGGCUGAAGGCUGCGUCGUUUAUCCUUGAGGCCCGCUUUCAUCCCGACGUCCUGUAGCAGGCGGUAGUUUCACCGCGGCUGCAGAGGCUUGCCAGGUUUUACAGGCCUGCGCUCGAUCCAGGAGUAAUAUCAACAAGUCACCUCUCUCCUCUUUUCUAUCUCUUUUCCAAGUAAAGAAUCAGCAGGGGAAAAAAGUGGAAACCCACAGAGGCACCACAGGUUUUUCUUGUACUAAAGACCAUCGGACGUUGACGAGGAAAUCACCCAAGUCCCCGAAACGUCACUAUGAAUGAAACGGACGACGACGACGAGGCG